AUGAGUUCGUGCCUGCCCCAGCUCUGCAAUGAGCUGAGGGCUCUCCGCCGAGUCCGUCACCCCAACAUCGUGUUCCUGUACGGCGCGUGCAUGGACGUCGACUCGAACAAGUUGUGCUUGGUGCUCGAGUUUGUGGACGGUGUGCCCCUCGGCGCGUUCUGCACUGCCCCGGCCACCAGCUCCGCACGGUCGCUGGUGGUCUUCGACGUCCUGAACGCUUUGCGCUACUUGCACUCGAUGCAUCCCUCGAAGGACUCCAACAUUCUCGUGGAGGAGCGGCGCAGUGGGAGUGGGCGAAGCUCAUACCGCGCCAAGCUGCUCGACUUCGGCCUGUCGCGGCUCGUGACCCGGAAUGCAAGGCCUCUGGGCGGCACGCUGCGAUGGAUGGCGCCAAGUUGUUCUCACGCCAGGUCAUUCCCCCAGACACGGCCGCCGACUGUUAUUCGUUUGGGUUGUUGA